AUGGAUGACACUGCAGGUGACACUAGAAAUGACACCACAAAUGGCAAUAUAUGUGGGACCACACAUGACACCACAGGUGACACCAUAGAUGGCGUCACAGAUGACGCCAUAGAUGACACGAUAUGUGGCACCUUAGAUUAUUCCAUAGAUGACGCCGUGGAUGACACUACAGGUGACAUUACAGAUGACACCACAAAUGGCAACAUAUGUGGGACCACAUAUGACACCAUAGAUGACACCACAGAUGGCACCAUAGAUGACACCACAGAUGACACCGUAGAUGAAACCACAGAUGACACCGUAGAUGAUCAUGGUAGUAGUGGUUGUAGUAGUAGUAGUAGUAACAGCAGAAGAAUGGAAAGAGAAAUGAACAACAUUUGUAAUCGUAGUAGUAGUAGUAGUAGUAGUAGUAGUAGUAGUAGUAGUGAGAGAAAGGACAGAAUGGGGGUAUCACGUGGGGGAAAUGUGGGUGAAUGUGAGAAAAAGGCAAAUGUUGGUGAAUCUGCGCAAGUUUACUCCCCUACGAUGGGCGAGUCCAUGUUACCAGCUGUUCGUACUCGCAGCGCCUGGGUGAAUGAGGCCCCAGUUGUAGUAUCGCCAGACGCCAGUUGA